GCCAUUUUAUACAAUUUUCCAAUUUUAUGAAAUUCCAUGGAUGUGUAAAGCCACCAGAAAUUAUACGCACGUUUUUAAAUUCUACUCGGGAUAAUAAAAUUCAAAAGUGAGAGGAAAAGGAAAAACAACCCAAUCUGCUAUUUGACCCGACAUCCUCUUUCGUGUCGUCUGUAUUUGCUGUUGUAUCAUUUUAGUUUAAGAAGAAAGCCGCCCUUUAUUAUCUCAGAGAGAAUGUUUGUUUGUCUUGUAUGAACGAGAUAAACGCCCGGUAUAGUUACCACUACUACCAUCAUCACGUGACCACAACCCUGAUUGCAUUUUAAUUUCGUUUUAAUGAAAACAAAAAAGAAGCUAUUGUACAGCCAAGAGAAAGUAUCGCGUCCAUUCACACCGUCCCAUAUUUGACUCAUUUUUUUUAUGGUAGCUCAAUCAGUAUUAUUAUCAAGCACUUAGUGGCUUAUUGAAUUCUUUUUUUCUACCAAUUUCCCUUAAGAUAACAUUUCAUGGUAUACAAGUAGAUAAAAACGCAUUUUCUCGAUUAUUGAAUAUUUCCUUCUUACCAUAAUUUCAAGCGUAGUUUUCCGCUUCCACCAAACCAAAGACCUCAAGUGAAAAAGAUUCAAUUCUACUAAUGCCUAAUUAUUCUUACUUGUGCAUUAAAUUUUCCUCAACUUUUCUUUUAGUUUCAGAGUCGUAAGACUUUCUACCAUUAAAUUAAUGAAAUUUUAUUUUAUUCGAAAGAGUAUAAAAUAUACACAUCAAAAUUAAUAUAAAAAGAUUGAGGGAAAAGUGUUUCAAUUUCCAUAAUUAAUUUCUUUCAAACACUCUCAAAAUCUUGCUUUGUGUGCUUUUAAUUAUUGAAAGUAGUAAAAAACGACUUGUUUUUGCUGCAGACGAAAUAUAUAUAUUUUUUCUGAUUUGCAAAACUUUGCAAAAAAGAGAGACUGCUACUUUGCAUUAUUAAAAACUGUAACUGACAUUUAGCAGAACCGCUACAGAAGCUGAGCUGGUGAAAUGCAGGGCAAGAAAUACGGCAGCACACUGCAGGUGCCGAAGAUCACAUUCGGAGCGGCAAAAUCCAAAUCCAAACUGGAAAGAAAAAAAUCGUCUUCAGUAGCCAACAUUGACACUUCAAAACAGUCGGUGGAGGACCAGAUCUCGGAUUUCUGUGGACGGCAGACACCCAGAGCCGUUGCCUCUUCCUCGGCAAGAUCCGAAGCAGCAGCAGCAGCAGCCGGCGAAACGAGCACGGAACACAGUUUGAGUAGCUCGUCGAGUUGCAGUAGUUAUGCCAGUCGUGGGGAUGACGACGGGAGGCGUUGCGGUGAGAGUGGGGGUGGGGGCGAUAGUAGAAGAGGGAGUAUGAUGAGAGAAAAAAGUCUUAGUUGCAGCCAAGGACUGAAUAAGCUGAGUUUGAUACCCAUUACGAAGAAGCACAGCUUCACAAUUGAUUUACUGGACAUUGAAAACAAACCGAGAAGUGUUAGCAUUGGACCACAUGUGAAGGUGCAACUUCAAAUGUCAUUCGAGGACCCAAUCACGGGCGAGUGGCUCACACCCCACGAGUACAUUUCCAUAGCAGUCGACGACACAAUACGACUCAACUCAUUCCCCAACGAGUGGAGUCUUAACACCUGAUUUCGUAAUAUUUAUGCAACAUCCACCUCUAUAUCAAGAAGGACGAGUUGCGUCAUCUACCAGAACUUAAUAACUUUUUUGUUCCAUAUUUUCAUAUUAUGCAACAUCCACCUCAAUAUCAAGAAGGACGAGUUGCGUCAUCUACCAGAACCUAGUCACUUUUUUGUUCCAUAUUUUCAUAUGUGCAUAUAUGCUUUUAAUUAAGUUAUAAUAUUUGUUAUUUAGGAGUGUUUAAUAUGAAACAAGAGUUUUUGUUAAAAAUGGGAAUUUUUAAAACGAGGUUUAUUCAAAUCAAUCAAUAAAAGUCAUUAAAGGAAAAAUUAUGUC